AUGCUGGAUGAUAUUUCGAGUUCAAAGAGUUGCUGGGAGCAUGAUCUUGGGCCUGAAAAUUAAUCACAUUUUUUAGAAAAGUAUUUUUAUGACUUAAUUACGGAUAAUUGUGAUCAAAUAUUAACAAAUACUUUAUAUAGAUCCUUAAUAGAGUAGAUUUCAGAUAAGAAAACAUUAGAAACUAUAUUAACUAGAUAUAUAUAGGAUUAAAUUGAUUUGUAAUAACGUUAAAAGAUUCAUUCAAAAUACUUUUUUGCAAAAUCAGUUGUUUCUAUGAAAAAAUUAAUCUAAUAAUUUAGACAAUUAUUAGUUCCAGAAGAAAAUAUUAAUAAUACUAGCAGCACAUUAAGUUAAUCAAUUGAAAAAAAAAAUAAAAGUGGAUUUUUACAAAAUUCAGAAUUUAUAGAAUUAUAUGAAAACGAAUAUUUCAAAGAAAUUGGUGAACUUAAUAAAGGAGAAUUAAUUUAUAUAGAUGUUAAGUUUCGUAUAACAAAUUCAUAAUUAAAAGAAGAAUUAUAUAAAAUAAGAUCUCAUAUUCUAAAAUAAUUGCUUUUUUAAACAAGUACUGAUGAUAAGUAUUAAUAUAUAUUGUAAUUUAGUUUCUUUUAAGCAUUUAAUGAUUAUUAUAAAUUAAAAACAAUUACAGUUCUACUGUUUGUUAAUGGAGAUAUUAAUUUUGAUUAUGAAAAAUAUUUUGAUUUAAAGGAAUUAUAUGUAGGAUAGAAGAAAUUCUUGAUUAAAUUGAAAGUAUUAUUAUUUAUCUAUAUAUAGGUGUGUUAUAUUUCAGCUAACAGAUUAGCAUAAAAUUUUUGUAUAUAAAACAACAUUAUUAACCAUACAAUCACACAAUAAAAUAUGGCAUUUUAUGAAUUGAAAAGAUAUGGAUAAUGCAAAGUUAUUAUCAAUAAAACCAUUAGUGAAUUAAGGAAAAUGAAAUAAAAAGCAAAUUACAGCAUAUUUAAAGAUUAUAAAUUUUAUAUUUUAGCAAUUGGAGGUAUGACAGCUAUUGGAUUACUUUGGAAAAGUUUUUCUAAAUAAGAGAGUUAUGCUAGAAAAUUAUUAAAAUAAUAAUGA